AGAAGACUCAGGAGCGGCAGCUGCAAAUUCAGUGAAAGUUUCCUUUUCUGUGUUGUAGUUCAGGACUUAAGGCAGGAGGCAAAAAUGACAAGUCACUCAACCAACAUGAGGAUAAAGCUGCCCACCAUCUGCAUUAUUCUUGAGGUCAUCCUCAUCAUCCUGUUUGGUGUUUUUGUCAGAUAUGAUAAAGAAACAGAUUCCAAGAAGUGGCAUGCACACCACGAUAACAAUGGCAGUGAAAUAGAAAAUGACUUUUACUACAGAUAUCCAAGUUUCCAGGACGUACAUGUGAUGAUCUUCAUUGGUUUUGGCUUUUUGAUGACCUUCCUGAAACGCUAUGGCUUCGGUAGUGUUGCCUUUAACUUCCUCAUAGCUUCCUUUGCCCUGCAAUGGGCCACACUCAUGCAGGGUUUCUUCCAUGGAAUGGGAAGUGAUGGUAAGAUCCACAUAGGAAUUGAGAGCAUGAUCAAUGCUGACUUCUGUACUGGGGCAGUUCUGAUUUCAUUUGGGGGAAUACUUGGGAAAACCAGCCCUGUCCAAUUGUUAGUGAUGGCUGUUUUUGAAGUAACUCUCUUUGCGAUCAAUGAAUACAUCAUCCUUAACAUUGUAGAGGCUAAAGAUGCCGGCGGGUCCAUGACAAUCCACACCUUUGGAGCUUAUUUUGGUCUGGUUGUGUCUCGUAUUCUUUAUCGCCCACAUUUGGAAAAGAGCAGGCACCGGGAAGGCUCAGUGUAUCACUCUGAUCUGUUUGCAAUGAUUGGUACCAUUUAUCUGUGGAUGUUCUGGCCUAGUUUUAACUCGGCUAUCACAGCCCAUGGAGACAGCCAGCACAGGACAGUAAUGAACACUUAUUACUCCCUUGCUGCCUGCACGUUGGCAACUUUUGCUUUGUCCUCUUUGCUUAGUGAGGAAGGCAAGUUGGACAUGGUUCACAUCCAGAAUGCUUCCCUUGCUGGUGGAGUAGCAGUGGGCACAGCUGGAGAGAUGAUGUUGACUCCUUUUGGCUCUAUGAUUGUUGGAUCUUUAGCUGGAAUAAUAUCCACCUUGGGAUAUAAGUUUUUAACGCCAAUCUUAGAUUCCAAACUGAAGAUCCAGGAUACAUGCGGUAUACAUAACCUUCACGGCAUGCCAGGAAUUCUCGGAGCCAUAGUGGGAGCUAUCACAGCAUCCAUGGCCACUCAUGACAUCUAUGGAGAUGGAAUGGCAAAUGUGUUUCCGUUGGUAGCAGAUGGAGAGGUGACUGCAUCUGGCCAAGGGGUCCGCCAAGCAAUUGCCCUCGGCGUUGCCCUAGGAUUUGCAUUAAUAGGCGGGUGCAUUGUAGGUUUUAUUAUGAAGAUUCCCAUUUUUGGGACUCCACCUGAUACUCUUUGCUUUGAAGAUCAGAUUUACUGGGAGGUUCCUGAAGAACACCAUGCUUCUCAUGAGGAGAUGACUGCAGUAGCAACAGAUGAGGGAAUGAAUGCCUAAAAAAUCAGACAGGAGUAUAAGGAGUGUCUCAGCCUGAUGAAAAGCUGAAACUAAUGUGAAUUAAAGUGAUGUGGGAAACUUCAGCUAAGAGCAAGAGCGGCCUGAUGCUGUGCAAAAAUUCUACUUGCAUGUUACGUCCUGAAAGGAGAACUGCCACUAUCAACCAACAAACUGUUUACUUGAAUCUAUUAUUCUUUUUUUAUAUAACCUUAGAUCUGAAUAAGGGUGCAGAUCAUAGGCCAUGUAUUGCUGAACUGCAAUGAUUAUCCUUGUUAAUGCUACAGACCAUGGUCAUCACUUAACUGCUGUGCUCUCAAACAAGGUCCUACUGAAAUAUAAGAGUGUGGACGUCACAUAAUAAAGGAAAUCCAUUUCAGGUCUACAAUUUUAUUUUUCCGGUUUUUGAAAAAUAUGUAAAUUGUUAAACUGACUAGAGGGCUUUUUUACAUUCAGAUAACUGUGUGGAGUCUGCACUUUCUCUCCUGGUUUGGCUAGGUUUUGUUCAUUUACAUUUACAAUUUCAUUUGUUCAGUUAGCAAACACUUUUAUCCAGAGCAACUUACAAAAGGGAUCAACAUAACUGAGAAAACAUCUGGGGGGACUGCGUUGUGAACAGUUUAGUUUUCAGGUUUCCUCUCACCUCCCAAACAUUGUAAUGAUUUGGUAAUUCUGGACUGUCCUGUGAAAGUGGGAGUUUUGAUGACUGUCUUUUAUAAUGGAUUUGCAUUUGCUCCAAGUCCAACAUGGAUGGAUGAAUGAAUAUUUCUGCAUUCACACUGUUCAGAUAUCCUUCAGAGUAGACUUAAUAUUUUCUAUUAUGAUAAAAAGAGUAUAGAACUAAAGUGACAAGAUCAGACAAGCUGUGGAUUUAUGAAGACAAUGUCUGUAAUUCUGCUGAUGUAAGGGAAAUUAAAUUUUCAGAACAAAUAUUUGCAAACGUACAAAUGAAGUCUAAACAUUUUUAAUAGAUAUCUGCUUUUGUUUUCCAUCAUAGCAAUAGCCCUAAGAUGAACUAGCAUCCCACCCAGGAUUAAUUGCUGCUUUAUAUUUGAUGAUUCUGAAACAAUCCAAUACUAAAAAUAAUUGAUACUAAUAUGGUCAUGCUUUUUCUUGCAGACACCACAUAUUAAAUUGCUUUCAAAACAAGAACUUAAUAAGAACUAGGUCUCUAUCUGUGGCUUGGUACAAAUUCUACUCAGUAACAGCUAAUAAUAUCGAAUGUUAGCAAAAGAACAGUACACAAAAUAAAUAUGCUAGAAGUUAUUACAAAUUUCAAACUUGAAAAACUGUCCUUUGUAUUAUUUGUCUAAUUGCAAGCAACAUAUUGUUCAGACCACCGGUCUCCAACUCUGGUCCUGGAAUGUUAAUGCGGCUGCAGGUUUUCAUUCUAAACCAUUUCUUAAUUAGUAAUCAGUUAAUGAUGCUAAUCACCCUCAUGCAUCAGAUAUGGACACCUCUGUUUAGACUAAUUGAUCUUUGUCAUGUAGCAAAUGAAAAAUCUUGAUAAAUCAUAUAGGGAAAAAUCUAUCUAUCAAAAGAUGCUCUUAAAAACUUGAAGAAAGAUACAUUUAAAGAGAUGUGUACUGCCAUGGUUAGUGCUACUACCCUAGCACGGCCACUUUCCUUGUAGAGCCUGAAUGUUCUCCCAUCUCUGCAUCUUUUUUCCUCUUGCUAAUGGAUUACUAAUGGAUAUAAAUUGGCUCCUCAUAAAUGAACAUAGGUGAGUGCCAGGGUUGGUUAAUGGUCAGGAUAAGCCUCUGAUCUCUAAAACAAUAUUUAAAAUACUUGUAAGGAUGAAUAAAUUUCAACUGUGUAGCCUUCACACGUUUUAUUAACAUGCUUUCUUUCAUUCUGAUUUCAUAAUAAAAUAUUUCCAAGAAGAAUCAUAGCUUUUGAUAUUAAGAAUAAUUAAGAAUGAAUUCAGUGAACUAUAUUUCAAAAUAGAGUGCAGUUUAACAGUAGCUUGAUGACUAUGGUCUCAGUGUUAGUUUGUUGCAGGCAAAUACAAAAAAGAUUUUGACCUCUCGUUUAUCAUGUAAAACAUUCAUUUUCAGGUUUCUUAUUUGUUGCCUAUCUGUACCCUUUAAAGCAUUAUUUUUCUAAAGUCUGUGUGUGCCCGUAUAGAAUUGUGUACGGUUUUACUAUACCAAGGAUUAAAAUCCAUAUUUGUUUCUUUGUGUGUUACCUUUUGUAACAAGGCAGAAGUAAUAACUUCAGUGUAAGAAUGUACUGGACAUGUACAGUUUGUUAAGGCUCACUUUAACCUCUGUAAUGUAUUUUCCAAAUGUGACAGUGUUUUGAAUAAACAGCUCCCCCAUG